CCAACAGACAAACAGCCACAAAUCUAGUCGGCCUUUCUGUUCAAGAGCUCUCGUCGAGUUAACACCAUCUUCAGUGCGCGCGCGCCCUUGACGCAUCAAUAACGACGGCGCAAUGGCUCAGGUUGGCGGAUUUGCGGGACUUCCGCCCUUCAGCCCCUCUACAGCUUUCGCGUCCUCACUUUUGGGAACCCAGAAUGAUGGCCAAAACCGUUCCUUGUUUCUGGACACGGUCGACAUCGGCAGGCUCUACAUUGCCGUGAAUGUGGUUAUCUUUCCGCCAGUCCCUCGGUUUUCACCCCCUUCUCACACCAGUAUCACAAAUGGUGUCUCCAAGGAUACUCCAAACGGAAUCAACGGUCAUGGAGAGGACGAGAACAGACGUCCCCGUACUCCCACCCAGUUCGACAUCUUCCUCAGAGGACUCGACGAGAUAGGCUUCGGGUCGCCCAAGUUAUCCGAUACAAAUAUUUCAGUCUUCACCUUGAUCUUCCCCAAGACCUCUGGCCAUGUAAUCCGCGACGACUUCCUUCAGCUCCGCCUUCAGGACAGCCCCAUUCCGGUCAUCCGGAUCUAUCAUCGUUUGCGCGUCCUCCAUUAUCACAAUGGUAUCAGGGAAGCCGACUUCAACGCCGAUCAAUGCAUAGGUUCCUUGGUCAAGAAUGCCGGUGGCAUUAUCCAGUGGGGAGAGGUAUCCAGCUACAGUGCCAUCUCUCAACUCCAGAGAUACCGCGCCAAAAUUACUCAGGAGCUCAUUUACAGAUUCAACGGCGUGUCUAUGCUAUCGCCCACACCCAUCGAGUCCAAGACCGUGGCCCUCAUCCGUGGCCGUCCCAACCUUAUGACCGGCGGGCCCGUUUACGCUGCUGCCAAGGCGCUUGGUUUGAAGCUGGUCAUCAUAGACGAACCCGGUCACUGGCUCGAGGCCGACACUGAGGAGAACCGCAACAUCCGCGAGGCCUUUCUCACAACCGACAUGACCGAAGACGACACCGUGGUUGAUCGUAUCAUCGCCUCGAUCAAGAGCUACGAUCAUCCCAUUCACGGCAUCUUUACCCUGUCCGAUAACUUCUUUGUCGCAGUCGCCAAAGUAGCCGAAACCCUUGGUCUUCCUUGUGGCCCUGUCUCCGCCUUCGAGACAGCCGUCGACAAAUACAAGUCUCGCAUGCUGCAAGACUCACCGGGACACACCGCCCGCGUCACCAGCGUUGCUGAACUCGAGGCCCUCCUCGCCGCCCCCAAAGACGGCUCCAUCCCUUUCUUCACACCAAAAUUCCCCGUCAUCGUCAAGCCCACCAAGGGUUGGUCAUCAGAGUGCGUCUCCAAGGUCAGGAAACCGAGACACCUGGCCCGGGCCGUCGAGAAAGCGACCGCCCGUCAUGGCUCCGCCGCAGUCAUUGAGCCCUUCUUUGACGGCCCCGAAAUUGACGUCAACUUUGUGCUUUUGGACGGUGAGAUCCUCUUCUGCGAGAUAGCCGACGAGCCCCCCUGCGAGGCCGAUUCUGCCAAGGCCAAAGUCAGCGACACCUUCUCCCCUGUUGCUCUCACCCUUCCUUCUUCCUUGCCUGAAGACGAACAGGAGAUGGUCCGCGACACGCUGCACAAAAUCCUGCUGAAGAUAGGCUUCACAACGGGAAUUUUCCACCUUGAGGCCAGGGUGGUGAACUCGAAGGCUGAGUACUGCAUUGGUCCCGGUUUCGAGAUGUUGACUCUCAAGCACAAAGACCGUAUGCCGACGGAGAAGGCGGAGUGCAAGCUCAUUGAGAUCAACGCUCGUCCGCCCGGCUACCGCGUCUCGGUCCCCUCACGCCAUACAUACGGUGUCGACUACUUUGCCGUGCGCAUGCUGGCCGCUGUUGACGACAAGGAGCGCCUGCGUGAAGUAGCCAAGCCCUUCGGCCACGUCGAGAGCCCGAGCUACCGCACCCCCGGCGCACAAUACUGGUCUAGACUGGUUUACAUCCCCGUCCCAAAAGAUGGCAUUGUCAAGUGGAAAGAGCAUGAGGAACUUGGCUUGAUCAGCCCGUCUGAAGAUCUCAAGUUGCGCCGUCCAGAUCUUGCGGAACAUAUUGUUCUGGCCGUCGACUACUACAAGGAUGGCGACAAGGUUAUCAAGUUCACGGAUGGUGCCAGGACUUAUCUGGGCCAUAUCCUGGUGAAGCACACGUACGAUCGCGACGAGGCGAUCACAAUUGGCAACGAGGUGCUCCAGGAGUACUUUGUCAAUAUUCAUGACGGCUAGUUUGCUGAGCAUACUUUGGCAAUUCUGCUGGCUUGUCUAGAACUUCGAGGGGGAUAUCUAGGGAGUGGCAUCCCUGUUGAGCGUGGCGUUCCUUGUUUACAAGGACUGAGCAUCAUCUUUGGCACGGUGGUGUCUCUUCUGGCUCUACUUGCAGCAGAACCAGAGACAUAAUAGGGGGUGG